CGCGGGACAAGCCGGCGGCGCCUCCGCCCGGCAUGGACAGCCGCUACAGCAGCGCCGCGGGCCUGGCCGACCUGAGCCCACUCAGCGCCGCGCUGCCGGCCACGCGCGUGGAGGUGUCGGUGUCCUGCAGGAGUCUUCUCGACAGAGACACGUUUUCCAAAUCAGAUCCAAUUUGUGUCUUAUAUGUACAAGGAGUUGGAAAUAAAGAAUGGAGAGAGUUUGGAAGAACUGAAGUGAUUGAUAAUACUUUAAAUCCUGAUUUUGUGAGGAAAUUUAUCCUGGACUAUUUUUUUGAAGAAAGAGAGAACCUGCGUUUUGACCUGUAUGAUGUUGAUUCGAAGAGCCCCAACUUAUCCAAACAUGACUUUCUGGGACAAGUGUUUUGUACAUUGGGGGAGAUUGUUGGUUCACAGGGAAGCCGCCUGGAAAAACCAAUAGUUGGAAUUCCGGGGAAGAAAUGUGGAACAAUCAUUCUCACAGCUGAGGAGUUGAACUGCUGCAGGGAUGCUGUGCUGAUGCAAUUCUGUGCCAACAAAUUGGACAAGAAGGACUUCUUCGGGAAAUCGGAUCCUUUCCUUGUUUUUUACCGGAGUAAUGAAGAUGGCAGCUUUACAAUUUGUCACAAAACAGAAGUUGUGAAGAACACGCUGAACCCUGUGUGGCAGGCCUUCAAGAUUUCCGUGAGAGCGUUGUGCAACGGCGACUGUGACAGAACAAUCAAGGUGGAAGUGUAUGACUGGGAUCGAGAUGGGAGUCACGAUUUCAUUGGAGAAUUUACAACGAGCUACCGGGAACUUUCUAGAGGGCAGUCUCAGUUCAAUGUGUAUGAGGUGGUGAAUCCUAAAAAGAAAGGGAAAAAGAAAAAGUAUACAAACUCUGGAACAGUAACCUUACUUUCCUUCUUGGUGGAAACUGAAGUUUCCUUUCUUGACUACAUUAAGGGAGGAACACAGAUCAACUUCACAGUGGCUAUUGACUUCACAGCCUCGAAUGGCAACCCUGCCCAGCCCACCUCUCUCCACUACAUGAACCCUUACCAGCUCAACGCCUACGGGAUGGCCCUGAAGGCGGUGGGAGAAAUCGUUCAAGAUUACGACAGCGACAAGAUGUUCCCAGCUCUGGGAUUUGGUGCCAAGCUGCCUCCAGAUGGAAGGAUCUCUCAUGAGUUUGCAUUGAACGGGAACCCUCAGAACCCGUACUGUGACGGCAUCGAAGGUGUCAUGGAAGCCUAUUACAGGAGCCUGAAAUCUGUCCAGCUGUACGGACCGACCAACUUCGCACCUGUCAUCAAUCACGUGGCUAGGUAUGCGUCCUCUGUCAAGGAUGGCUCCCAGUAUUUUGUGCUGCUGAUUGUGACAGACGGGGUCAUUUCUGAUAUGGCUCAAACCAAGGAGUCUAUCGUGAAUGCCUCAAAACUGCCCAUGUCCAUAAUCAUAGUGGGUGUCGGACCAGCAGAAUUUGAUGCCAUGGUCGAAUUGGAUGGAGAUGAUGUGAGAGUCUCUUCCAGAGGAAAAUAUGCUGAACGGGACAUUGUACAGUUCGUGCCGUUCAGGGAUUACAUGGACCGAAGUGGAAACCACAUCCUGAGCAUGGCCAGGCUGGCCAAGGACGUCUUGGCCGAGAUUCCCGAGCAGUUCCUGUCCUACAUGAGGGCCCGAGGGAUCAAGCCGUCCCCUGCGCCGCCGCCCUACAGCCCGCCCCCCCACGUGCUGCACACACAGAUCUGACUGCGCUGGCGCCCCGCUG